AUGUCAUCAUCGAACAAAAAAUUUACUAUUGCUGUUGAAGGAAAUAUUGGUUCAGGAAAGAGUAGUGUGCUUGCUCAUCUAGCUAACUCUUCAUUAUGUGAUGUUGUUGCUGAACCAAUUGAUAAUUGGACAAAUUUGAAAGGACAUAAUAUUUUAGCGAUGCUUUAUGAUGAUCCACAUCGAUGGGGUUUUGCUUUUCAAGCUAAUGCACAGAUGACAUUAGCAAAAUUACAUGCAAGACCUACUAAAGCACCUGUUAAAGUUAUGGAAAGAUCGAUUUAUAGUGCUCGAUAUUGUUUUGUUGAAAAUUUAUAUCGCAGCAAAAUUAUUCAAGGUGUUGAAUAUGAAAUUUUGAAUGAUUGGUUUGAAAUGCUUAUUGCGAAUGGUUCAUGUCAUCUUGAUCUUAUCAUUUAUCUGCGAGCUACACCCGAAACAUGUCUUCAACGUAUUCAAGCACGUCAUCGAUCAGAAGAAGAAUCUAUUAGUCUUGAUUAUUUACAAACAUUACAUGAACGUCAUGAAGAAUGGCUUAUUCAUCGAAAUUCUACAAAUUUAUCAAUUCCUAUACUUAUUGUUGAUGCCAAUCAAACAAAGGAACGUGUUUAUAAUGAUACUAAUACUCAUGUUGAAAAUCUUAUUUCUUGUUAA